AUGGCUGCCUCAUCAUCUUCUUCUCAAGAAAAGUAUGAGGUGUUUGUCAGUUUCAGGGGCGAGGACACCCGCGAUGGUUUUACUGGACAUCUUUAUAAUGCUUUGUGUAAAAUGCAUAUCAACACAUACAAGGAUGAUGUAAACCUCAAAAGUGGGCAUCGUAUAUCAGAAAUUGAGAAUGCGAUUAAGGAAUCUAAGAUUUGCAUAAUAGUUUUCUCUAAAGAUUUUGCAUCUUCCACAUGGUGUUUAGAUGAAGUGGUUCGCAUACUCGAAUGCAAGAGAGGUGGAAAUGAUAUCAUACCCAUUUUUUAUGGCAUAGAACCAUCCAUUGUACGGAAACAGGAGCAGAGUUAUGCAGUAUCAUUUAGUAAACAUGAACAACGUUUUCAGGACAACAUGGACAAGGUGCAGCAUUGGAGGGAUGCUCUCAAUGAAGUGGCUGCUAUCAGCGGUUAUGAUUCAAAGAAUGCAAGGCCUGAAUACAAGUUUAUAGAUGAAAUUGUUGAAGAUAUUUUGUCGAAGUUGUCUAGAUACACAUCAACCUGUGAUCAUUCCAAGUGGGGCUUGAUUGGAAUUGAAAAUCGCAUCAAGGAGAUUGAACGAUUAUUAUGCAUUGACUCAAUGGAUUUAUCUCGUCGUUUCGAAAGUCGUUGCUUCCUUCGCAAUGUUAGAGAAGAAUAUGAAAAGCGUGGCGUAAAGAAAUUGAGCAAGGAACUUCUUUCCCAGCUUUUCUAUCAUGAUAAAACUAUUCCAAGCUUGGAAUCAACUCAUCUUCAAGAGAGACUCUGCCGCACGAAGGUCCUUAUAGUUCUAGAUGAUUUGGAUGAUUCAAUAUCCCAAUUAAAUGAACUGUUACCUAAAGGGUACAAGUUCGGUGCUGGAAGCAGAAUCAUUGUCACAACCAGGGAUGCACAAUUGCUCAAAUCAAGGACAGAUGAAGUUUACGAGGUUAAGAGAUUAAAUAAUGUUGAAGCUCUUAAGCUCUUCCUCUUACAUGCUUUUGAAAAUAAUCGUGAUCUUGAAGGAUACGAAGUUUUAUCAAAAAGUGUGGCCGAUUAUGCAGAUGAAUGGAAAAGUGCAUUGGAUAAGCUGCAAACAGUGCCAGUUCGGAAAAUUGAGAAAGUGUUGAGAAUAAGUUUUGACCAACUAGGCAAAAGAGAUAAAAAAGGCUACACAGACAUUCAGGAUGUAUUUCUUGACCUUGCAUGCUGGCUUGUUGAUGGAGUUGGGAGAGAAUUUGUAGAAAGCAUAACGCAUCACCCUGGUGGAACCAAAAUAAUAAGUGAUCUCAUUGAUAAGUGCUUAAUAAUUGAAGAUUACAACAGAUUGUCCAUGCAUUCUUUAAUACGACAGAUGGGUCAGGCAAUCGUUUGUGAUGAGAACAAAGAACCAGGAAAUCGUAGUAGGCUGUGGAAGGCUAAGGAUAUUUGCCAUGUAUUGGAGAGAAAUACGGGAAGCUGUACAAUGGAAGGCAUGUUAUUGCACCUGCGUGAACUUGGGAAGGAUGUUAGAGUGAGGCCUACAGCAUUCUCAAACAUGUACUGUCUACGAUUUCUUAGAUUUUUUGACAGUCUAUGUGACUUUGGAUUUGCUCGUUCUAAUAAAAUGUAUCUUCCUUCUGAAGGUAUUGAAUAUCUUUCCGAUGAGUUAAGAUAUUUUCAAUGGGAUUUAUACCCUUCAAAAUAUUUGCCCUCAAAUUUUAGUACAGAAAAUCUUGUUCAACUUGUUAUGCGUCAGAGCCAACUUGUGGAGCUACCUUGGAAUGAACACCAGCCCAUUGGGAAUUUAACGGAAAUCGAUCUUAGCUAUUGUGAGAGCCUUAUUCAAAUACCAAAUUUGUGUGCGGCUACAAAUCUUCAACGGAUAAAUUUUAGAGGUUGUAAAAGUUUGGUUCAAGUUCCUUCAUCUUUUAAGAAUCUGGACAAGCUUGAGUGUCUAGAUUUGGGUCUGUGUGAUAAUUUGAAAGAUGGUUUAGAAAAUCUUCCAUUGAAUAUAAGGGUAUUAUUUUUGGCUCGUACGGCAAUAGAAGCAUUGCCCUCAUCAUUUUCGUGCCUUAUGAAGCUUGAAUAUUUAAAUUUGAGUGAGUGUGAGAAUAUGACAAAUGGCAUAGAAAAUCUCCCAUCGAAUCUCCAAACUUUAACUUUGUCUGGAUGCAUAAAAUUGGAAGAUAUACAAAAUAUUCCAAGUUCGAUAGGUAUAACUGAAUUAGAAUUGGAUUUUAUAGGAAUUGAAACUCUGCCGGAAAGCAUUUGGAAGAUGAGAUGUCUGAAACAACUGAGACUUCAUGAUUGCCCAUACUUGGAAAUGCUUCAAGAAAUCUCGGAUGAUUGUAUGAGUUCAUCUCUUGAAAAGUUGGAUAUAUAUAGUUGUCCGAGUUUGAAAUCAAUAUCUGCAAGCAUUUGGAAGAAGAGUAAUCUGAAACAUCUGACUAUUGAAUAUUGCCCAGACCUGGAAAAGCUUCAAGAAGUCUCGGAUGACUAUAUGAGUUCUUCUCUUGAAGUGUUGGAAAUAAGAGAUUGUGCGAUAUUGAAAUCAAUACCGGAAAGCAUUUGGAAGAUCAGAUGUCUGAAAGAUCUGACUCUUAAGGAUUGCCCAAACCUGGAAAAUCUUCAAGAAAUCUCGGAUGAUUGUAUGAGUUCAGGUCUUGAAGAGUUGUAUAUAAGUGGUUGUACGAGAUUGAAACUUAAUCCAAUGCAAAAUUUGUGUGUGGCUAUAAAACUACAAAAGAUAGAUCUUGUAGGUUGUACAAGUUUGGUUCAAGUUCCUCCAUGGUUUAAGAACCUGCAAAAGCUUUCGCAUUUAGGUUUGGUUUGCUGUGAGAAUCUGAAAGACGGCUUAGAAAAUCUUCCAUUGAAUAUACUGUGGUUAUCAUUGUAUGGGACGGCAAUAGAAGCAUUGCCCUCAUCAUUUCGGGAUCUUGAGACACUUCUAUAUUUAACUUUGACUGAUUGUAAGAAUCUGACAGAUGGCAUAGAAAAUCUCCCAAUGAAUCUUCGAACGUUAUAUUUGAGUGGUUGUGAGAAAUUGAAAUCUAUACCGGUGCUUCCAUCACGUUUAAAUUAUUUGGAUGCAAGUAACUGCGCAUCGCUGGAUGCAAGUAUCUGCCUAUCGCUGGGGACAAUGUCAAGUUGGUGGGAUCUUCAACAAGUUGAUGAUGAUUUUGAAAGAUUGACUUGA